GAGAUUUACACUUAACGGAUAAAACGCAAAAUUAGAAGUUGAAAACAGCAUUAUAGAGAAGAUAUCCGAUAAAAGAACACGGUCAUGAGUCAGCCAGAGGGGUGGAGGCCUUCACCAUCAGAGAAUGAGGAGGAGGGGGUUGAUGAGAGGGCCACACCCAUUUCAGCAAUAGCUCCUGAAGCUGAUGCUCAUUAUAGACAACCUACUGUUACAUCAUCAAACCCAGCCAUACAAUGCCUGGAACAGCUUUUUUCUGAAGGAAAGAUCAGUGCAGCGAAAAUGGCUCAUCUUAAGGCCAGUUUUAACCUCUUACAAGAAGCUCUGAAAAGUUCUCAGGAUUCAGAACUGAAACUCAUGCAGGAAGCUAAGGCCUACCGCAGUAAGCUGAAGCAGCAGAACCAGGAGCUGGAGACGGCAGAGCUCUUUCCAGAGGGUUAUGACACUGAGGUCAGCAGCCUAAAACAGAAGCUCCUCCAGUCCUACAAUGAACUGAAAGAGGCUGAGGAGAGAGAUUACCAGAUGCAGUUCCAGAUCCAGUGUCUCAAUGAAGAAAAGCUUUGUCUUGAAAAAGAGUACCAGAACCAGCCCAAACCAGCUGAGCUGGAAAGGAGGUACAUGUCUCUAAAGGAGAGCUCUGAGGAAAUGAGAAAGGAGACCAUCCAACUCCGACACGAGGGGCAAACUUUAACUGAAAGUGUGGAGACUCAACAGAAACACACAGAUAAAGAACGAUGUGAGCUUGAUGAGUUAAAAAAACUUGUUGAGAACAAGGAGGCUGAGCUGGCUCAAUUGCUCCCUAUACCCAUUCAGCUAGCAAAGGAGAUUGACAGGAUCACCCACAGAAAAUCAGAGUUGGAGAAACAGGUGGCAGUAAUGGAGGAACAGCGUAUGGAGCGCAUGAAGCACCAACAGUUGAUGGGGGCAAAGUAUGAGAAAGUGAAGGAGGCCAAAGGAGAGGUGCUCAGAGAACUGGAAGCCUACAGGGCUCAGCUGAUGGCCGCACAGAAUAAACAAGAAAGACUUCUUAUAGAGCUGCAGAUGACCAAAGAGAAAGAGGCCAGCUUCAUGGAUCAAAGGGGUCAGCUGGACAUUGACAUGGAGCAGAUUGUGGCCCAGUACGUGUCUCUCCGUGAUAAGCUGGCUCGAGACACGCGGGUGAAAGACAGGCUCUUAAGAGCUCUGAAGAGGAAUGAACUGCAGCUGAAACAGGCCAAAGAGGAUCUUUUUCUUACUCAACAGCAGCUUGAGAGGACCCAGGCUCAGAGGGAUGCAGUUCCAGAGGGUGACUGCUUGUUGCACAAGAGGAAGGAUCUUGAAAAUGAAGUGGAGAACCUAAAACGCAGUUUGAUUAUUAAGCAGUCAAUGGCAGGGUUGAAGGUCCAUCUAGCAGAAGAGUAUGUGGAGCAAGAACAGGCUCUAAUACGAGAGUCUCAUCGCCACAGAGAAGAGCUUCAUCACCUCCAUCGUCUCAUACUCAUCAAAGCAAAUGAGAGAGAGCAGAAGAGCCACGAGCUGCUCAAAGCGCAGCUUAAAUAUAAGCGUUCCAAGCAAGACCUACAGGGAAAAGGUCUGGUUAUUCAAGAACACAAGAAACAGUGUCAAGAUACCCAAAUAAGGCUAAGUGUAUUUGCUAAGGUGUAUGAAGUCAUCAAAGAUGAGAGGAACAAAUACACGAGCCUGAUCCAAAUCUCCAACCAAAAUCUGGCAGAAGUUAAAGAGAAGCUGAAUAAAAUGGAGGAAGACCUUCAGAUUCUGCGAAAGAUUGUGAUCAACAAAGACAAGAUGCUGCAGAAGUCCCAUCUGCAACACUCCCAAAGCUACAAGCUCCGAGACCAUGCGAAGAACGAGAUCUCAAAGAUCUCCAAAGAUCUGCAGGAAAUGCACGAGCAACGUGAGGAGCAAAAGUUGAACAUCAGCAAGCUCACAGACACAAUCAACACGCAGGAGCAAAAUCUACUGCACUUGCGGAAAAGCUUUGAGUCCGCCGUGCAGGGACGUAAGGAGCGAGGCAUGCAGCUUCUGGAAAGAGAAAAGGAGUUGUGUGUGUUUUACGAGAGGCUUAAUACGAAGGAGGGUGCGAUUCAAGAUGACAACAUGAAGAUCCAAGACAUGGAGGAUGAGAUAAGAAACCUGAAGAUUGUCCAGAAAGAUCAGGAUAGACAGAUCAAUCUGCUAAGACAACAGGUGCCCUGGACUCAGGCACUACAGGACGAGAACAUUCUGUUACAGAUUCAGCUGUCUGAGACCAAAGACAAAAGAAAAGAGCUAGAAAAAAUGGUAAUGGACCUCAGCAGAGCAGAACAGCUGAGUGGAGAAGAUCCAUCUCCUGAAGAACUCGUCAAGAAGAUUGAACAGUUGGAGGUUCAGCUGACGGAAAAAGAAGCUCUGCUCUUGGAAAUAGAACUGGUGUACGAGCAGGUCACGCACCUCUCCCAGCGGAUCCGAAACAAAGCUGAGAAUGGUAAAGAAGAUUCCCUUCAGCUGGCUAAAAAAAUGAAUGAACUGCAGGCUCAGAUCCGGGAGCGCACCCGUAAAAUGAUGGCCGUCGUGGGGGAGCUGUCCAUGCGCCAGGCGGAGUCCGUGACUCUGCAUCAGGAGAUGAAGGAGAAAGAACUACAGCUGGACUCGUGUCAGAGGCGUCUAGACCAGGGUCUGUUCCCCUCCGACGACACACAGCAGGAGUGGCUGCGACAUCUCCGAGAUCAGCACAGACGCCAAGUUGAUGCAGAGAAAAAAGCCAGGUUGGCUGAGGAAGAUGAGUGGAAGCAGCUUCCAAGCGGUGUUUACACUACAGCUGAGCUUCGACCCAACGCUUACAUCCCAGCUGACGAUCCGUUGCCUGUGCCCAAACAUUACGGAGCCCUAGCGCCCUUCAAACCCACCGAGCCUGGUGCCAACAUUCGCCACAUCCGCAAACCAAAACCCAAACCUAUUGAGAUUUAGUGUGAGAUUCUUCUUGCAGACCUACUAAGAAUUAGAGUAAGUCCAUCAGUAGCAGAUUGAUGUCACUUACACAUAUAAAAUUAAAUCUCCACAUUUGCCAAGGAAUUUUGUUAAUUUCCUCAGAA